CACUCAUCUGACUUCUCCAAGAGACAGAUUUAGACUUCAUCUUAGACAGGAAGAAUGGCUGACAAUGUACCUAAGGUCAGUCCGCAAUUCACAGCUAUGCAUCUCAUAGUCAUUCAGACAGCCUGAAAGCAGAGUGCAAUCAAAGGAGAGCGUAGAGAAAGAGAAAAACAAGGUAAAGAAAGGCCCAGCGGAGGAGCCAUGGAGGAGGACAUCAGGAGAAAAGGGAUGCUUUACUUUCAUCAGCAGCGCUUCGGCAAGAGAUGGAGGAAAGUGUGGUGUGUGUUGGUGGCGGAGGGCAGGCGCAGUGUGGCUCGACUGGAGCUUUAUGAGCACAAACACUCCUCCUUCAAACAGGGCACCAACAAACGAAAACCCGAUUACAAACAGGUGAUCCGCCUGCGAGAAUGCAUUCGCAUUUCCAACUGCGACAUGGCGGAUUGUCCGAAAGACUGUGCCGCUUUUCUGCUCGAGACCUCUGACAAACUAUACGUGUUUGCGGGUCUGCAGUCAGAGGUGAAGGACUGGAUCAGCAGUCUCUGUCAGCAGGCCUUUCGUGAUGUGGAGGCUGAGCAAAGAUCACAGAGAGAAAGAUGCGUCUGUUCUGAAGCUCCAGGCACUUCACAUGUCAGAGAAAUGCAGGACAAUUCGCUCUAUGAUACAGCGGAGAACGGUACGAUGAUUUUCUCACACUCACACUACUGCAAAAAAAGAGAUUUUCACUAAAGUUUAUAUUAUUUUUAAACCCAUUUACCUUUGUUAAUACACUGUAAUAAGUCAUGAAAAAAUUUGUAAUUAUUAAAUAGUUUAUACAUUUUCUAACUUAUUCUUUAAGGGUCCCACUU